GAAACCCCUGCUUGCUUGUUCUGUCGAAAUUGGCUUUGUGAGAAGUUAUUUAGUUCGUUAAGCAAUAACGUGGCAUCGAGAGUCUCCAACUGCACCAGAAAUAAUAGGGCAAAUGAAGACAGUAAUACUGCUACCACAGUGACCAUGAACAGAAGCUUUUGGCUAAAGAAGUAUUUCUCAGUGACAACGGUAAGCAGAAAAAAUUUGUUAUGCAGCUAAAUAGAGACCUUGCAAACCACGGCGUUUCCUGCUUCUUUGAUCAAGAUCGUGAAAGUUUGCCAUUGGGAGAAGAUUUCCCCUCCCGUAUAUUCGAAGCCGGUAAGACAUGCAAAGUAGCAGUUUUUCUCCUGUCGAAGGAUUUCCUCGAAUCAGAGUGGCCCAUGCUGGAACUCUCUGCUUGUGUGGAAGCGAGAGACAGAACCCGUACAAAUCCCAAUCUCAAAAUUUUACCCUUGUUCUUCCAGAUUUAACCAGAUGCUCUUAAAGACACGAAGGUAGACAAUGAAAAGUGGAAACAGUUGAAGAUUUCUGGGGAAAAGCAAGCCGAAUGGCUCCGAGAUUUGGAACUAAUACGGCGAAUUAAUGGGAUAAAUUUCAGGGAAAAUGAUGAUGAAGUGAAGUUUAGAGAUGAUAUUGUGAAGGAAAUCUGGCAUAUACUUCCAACACCCUCACCAAGGUAUCCUGUCCGUUGUAUGCAAGGACAAGAACGAAUGUGUCAGGAGGUUGCAGAUUUCUUCAAAUCUGUCCAGUCCGUCAAAAAGGGAACCAGUAUUGCAGGAUUGUAUGGAAUACCGGGCCAGGGAAAAACUACACUUGCCAAGGCUUUCUGCAACUUCAAAAUGGGGGAUUUCGAAGGUAAAGUAUGCCAUCUGGAAUUUUCUAGAGGCGAUUCAUUUGAAAGAACAAAACUUGCCCUGCAAUAUCUCACUCGCUGCCCUCAGUUGAUUCUUCAAACACUGACAGACCGAGAUCAGGCACAAGUUGAGUUGUAUAGACGACUGAAGGGCCAAAGGGUAUUGUUGGUUCUCGACAAUGUCACAGAAGAAAGUAUUGACGAAGUAACGGAUUAUCUUAAGGAAGAGUUGGGAGAAAACAGCUGCAUCCUUUUGAGCGCUCGGAGUGUAGAUGUUCUAGAAAUGCAUUUCAAGAUAGGUAAGCGGUCAUGCAUGCGCGUCCCAAGGCUUGAAGAGGACGAGGCCAUAGAAAUCUUGUUGGAAAAGGCACCUAUAGAUGUGUCAACGAUGGGGGCAGAGGAAAAAGCUUUUGCUGUCAAGUGUGCAGACAGAUUUUUGUUCGAAGAGGUCGGUCGGAGAGGUCAAACAUUUCAUCCGUUAGCCUUAAAGGCUUUCGGCGGCCACCUCUUCAGUAAAUAUGGUCCGCAUUUGUCAAAGUGGGCUGGUGAGAUAGAAGGCUGGAUAAACCGAUCUAGUUAUGGUUUGGAUGAUUUGUUGGCUGUGCUGGGCAAAGCUUUUGAUAGCACGCGUCCCGAAUAUCGCACCAUAUUCAUGCUUCUCACCCUAUAUAUGCCGACUCGUAUGUCUCCCCACAAAGUUACUGAGUGGUUGGCAAUGGUUCUAAACAAAGAGAUCUCAUUUAUUGAGAAAGCAGUGAGUUUGAAUAUUUGCUUUUAAAACUUUUUAGUUUAUGA